UCUAUAAUAAAUGCAAACGAAAUUGACAGGUUGACUCAUACUUAAACAAAAAUUUAAUCGUAGUUAAUACAUCAAAAUCAAAAGUUUAAGCUGUGACACAGUGCUGACUCCAUAAUUAUGUUCUCAUCAAUAUUUGGCAAACGGAGAUCAUCGCCGGUGGAGGAUGAGACUCCACCUAUCCCUGGGCCUAAGCCUGAAGACGAUUUCGUUGUUGUCGAUCCCAAUUCACCACGAAACAGCCUGUACCCCAAUGUGAGCGGGGUGGCACUGCCGUACCCGCAGAGGCCAGCACCUCCCGCGCCGGUCCCCAGAGCCGCGGCAGUCGACCAGACCUUUCACUACCUACAAGGAGUUCCGUUCACCAUGUCGAAAACUCUACAACUGGCAAAUAAUAAAGAUAGUUUCGCUACAGAAAUGGCAGACCUACUCGCAUUCCUAACGAACAAAGUAAACGUGAGCAGUUAUGAUUACGACUUCUCUGUGGAACGGAGUGUUUUGAAGGAGUACUGAAUCUGAUCUAUUAAACUGUAACAUAAGUGGGGCCUGUCUGAUUACGCUUGAAUACGUAUAACAAUUGAAACUAUGUGAUAUGUAUUUGGAAGUAGAAAAUAAAUUAUUGAUCAAACCUAAUUUGAACUUCAUAUGAAGAAGAGAUGAAGAUGUUAAGAAAUAAGGAACAGGUGGUUUUGCCCUCAGAGCAUGUGCUGGUGUGCCAUACAUUCUGGUGGAGAUAGUGCUAUGUAAAGCAAGAGAUCCAUCAUUAUUGAAUAUGUUUUUAAUGCAGCUAUAUCAAUGUCAAGAUGGGAUAAAAAGAUAGAAAUUGAAUAUGAAUGCUAAAUCUUAUGCAAUAGAUCUGUUGUAUUUUGCAAUUAAAAUCUACCAUAAACUGUUGUUU